UAUCCCUCUAUACUACAACUAAAAGGCUUCAAGCUUCCACGAAGAAAACACCUCGGCGCUUAAAAAAAACAUUUAAAAAAACUUUACGUAAUUUGUGGUUAAUUUUGGCGGGAAAUGCGCACAGAGUUCGUUCGGGAACGCGAAUGAGUGAUACGUUGGUGUGUUCUAAGUUCAAACUGUGGAACAACGUGGCGUCCUGCAUGGAGAAAUGGUUCGGUGAUAAGCGGCUGUGGUUAUUCGGUAACAACCUGCCUUUGCUACCGAGGAGAUCGCGCGCCAGCAGCCGGGCGAUGGAGCGAUACGAGAAGCUGGCUAAACUCGGCGAGGGCUCGUACGGUCUGGUGUACAAAUGUCGCAACAGGGACACAGGCGAGGUGGUCGCAGUCAAGAAAUUUGUAGAGAACGAAGACGAUCCCCUUAUCCGAAAGAUCGCGCUACGGGAAAUACGGAUGCUUAAGAACCUCAAACACCCAAACCUGGUGAAUCUGAUCGAAGUGUUCCGCCGUAAGCGUAAACUGCACCUAGUGUUCGAGUAUUGCGACCACACUGUUCUGAGCGAGCUAGAAAAACACCCGGCUGGUUGCCCAGAGCUCUCGAAGCAGAUAAUCUGGCAGACGCUGCAGGGCGUGGCGUACUGCCACCGGCACAACUGCAUCCACCGCGACGUCAAGCCGGAGAACAUUCUGCUCACGAGCGACGGCGUCGUCAAGCUAUGCGACUUCGGCUUCGCCAGGAUGAUCAGCCCUGGCGAGAGCUACACGGAUUACGUGGCUACACGGUGGUACCGGGCCCCAGAACUGCUGGUCGGCGACACACAGUACAGCGCUCCUGUCGACGUGUGGGCCAUCGGUAAGAGAUAUUUACUGAAACUCUUUCCACCGAUAUGCACAGGCUCUAGAGCUACACGGACUACGUGGUUACACGGUGGUACCGGGCCCCAGAACUGCUGGUCGGCGACACACAGUACAGCGCGCCUGUCGACGUGUGGGCCAUCGGCUCUAGAGCUACACGGACUACGUGACUACACGGUGGUACCCGAGCCCCAGAACUGCUGGUCGGCGACACACAGUACAGUCGACGUGUGGGCCAUCGGCUGCGUGUUCGCCGAGCUGCUGUCAAGCGAGGCGCUGUGGCCCGGCAAGAGUGACUUAGACCAGCUGUACCUCAUCCGGAAGACCCUGGGCGACCUGCUGCCGAGACACAUGACCAUAUUCUCGCAGAACACAUUCUUUCAGGGUAUGGCGCUACCAGAACCUACUACACUAGAGCCUCUAGAAUCCAAACUACCACAAAGAUACGCCCACAAUGAACUCGUUUUAGACUUCUUAAAGAAAUGCCUGGACAAAGACCCGAUGAUGCGGUGGACGUGCGAGCAACUCCUCCGACACGCCAUCUUCGAGAACUUCCUAUUCACCGUACCUAACUCCGAGCAAACCGACUACGAGCGUUUGAGACGGGCGCAGGUGCAGUCAUCCCCCCUCCUGCCGCAGCUGCACGUGGAGCGCGCGGCGCCGCUCAAGGGCAAGAAGGACGAUGCGCGCGCGCACCUCCCCACCAUCUGACUGCAGGGGCUGCCCGCGCUACGCAAACCGUAGCUUAGGGUCUACUGCAGCGGUCGGCAACUAACAUCUCACUUGCGGCCCCUGGUUAUUUUGUAUGUCAUAUUGUCAAACAACAAUCCCGCCCGCGUCAACUUCCUUAACUACUACGUGACUCUUGGCUGCUAAAAGGUUGCCGACCGCUGGUCUACUGCAUGAUAGCUAUGUCAAUGGUUUACUGGGACUAGCCAAGAUAGCAAUAGGGAAUUACGCACUGCGUUGAGGGCGCCGCUGGCAUUACAGCAAAACCGUCUUGAAGCAUCAAUGCCAUAUUGGUAUAAAUAAUCUAUGAAAACUAGUCGAAAAAACCGGCCAAUUGCGAGUCGGAUUCGAGCACGAAGGGUUCCGUACCAUUACGCAAAAAAAGGCAAAAAAACCGUUUGUUGUAUAGGAGAGGAGCCCCCUUUAAAUAUUAAUUAUAUUCUGUUUUUAGUAUAAGAUUUCAUUUCAAAUUUCACAGAUGAAUCUGUGAAAUUUUCAACUGCCUAGCUGUCACGGUUCAUGAGAUACAGCAUAUUAAUAGGGUCCCGUUUUUACCCUUUGGGUACGGAACCCUAGAAACUACGUUAAUCUACCGUUCACGUGUGCUAGUGCUGCACUCUGAAGGCAGAACCAUAUUGUUCAUUAAAAACGCAAACUGAAACUUAAAUAAAUGUAUGGAAAUAGUCACGUUUUGACGUUUGUCGAAGUAUAAAAGUCAUUUUGGCUAGGACCCCUGUCAAGAAACUUAUGCAAACAAUGGAGGUACUGGAGGUUGCACAUAAAAUAAAAGCUCGUAAAAAUAAGUUUCUUGCCGUCAUCCAUUUUGCCAGACAAUUUAAUGUGCAAAGAACUACCCUCCUAAGCCAAAUAGCGCUAUUUCAAAAACAAAUGAGUUAGCAAUUAAUCUUCUUAUGAGAUAGCACUAUUCGGCUUAGCUGGGCAGAGAAUAAGAAUCACCUCUAACAUCACACCAUUCAUCAGAAUGAUAUCUCUAUUGGGAUUUGAUAUGCUAAGAAAGGAGUUAUGUACGAGGCCUGAAUGGCCAUAAUCUACACUAAUAAAUCAAUUCGAUCACAACAA